AUGGACCCACUCAGGGACUAGCUGGCCGCAGAGCCAGCAGAGAUGAUGGCCGACAUGUACAACAGAAUGACCAGUGCCUCCCCCCGGAAGUGCAUGCCUCCCCACUACAAGGAAGCAGAGCUGUCCGAGGGCAAGCCCGUGUGCCUGGACCGGUGUGUCUCCAAGGACCUGGGCAUCCAUGACCGGAUGGGCAAGAAGUUGACAGAGUUGUCUAUGCAGGAUGAGGAGCUGCUGAAGCAGGUGCAGCAGAGUUCUGGGCCUGUGUGA